AAAGAGCAUGCGUGGAAAACAUUGUGAAGAUCUUGACCAUCAUCCAAAAGAAAUGUAACGCCUCAGCAGUACUCACCGAUUCAUUUAUUGUUGCUGGGGUGCAGAAUAAUAUUUGAACAUACAUAAUUUAUCCCUUGAUUGCACAAUAGAAUCUUCAGUAUUUAUAGGAACCAGUACAAAGUGAAGGAAGAAAUAGAAGUAAGCUAGAAGAGAGACGAGGGGAGGAGCAGAUAUGCUGAGAUGCCGUCGGUAGCACAGACAGAGUAUGGCAUCAAGGAUGUCUGGAACAGCAAUCUCGAGGAAGAAUUCAAAAAGAUCCGCCAUGUUAUUCAACGCUACAGAUUCGUUGCCAUGGAUACAGAGUUUCCAGGAGUGGUGGCUCGGCCUAUCGGGGAAUUCCGAAGUACAUCUGACUAUCAGUAUCAACUGCUCAGGUGUAAUGUAGACUUACUGAAAAUAAUCCAAGUGGGGCUCACCUUUAUGGACGAGAAUGGUCAGACCCCAUCACCCAUAUCAACAUGGCAGUUUAAUUUUAGAUACAAUUUAACGGAAGAAAUGUAUGCUCAGGAAUCAAUAGAUCUGCUUCAACAUUCGGGCAUUCAGUUCAAGAAGCACGAGGAGGAAGGAAUGGACGUGAAUGACUUCGCUGAACUAUUGAUGACAUCAGGAAUUGUGCUGAGUGACCAGGUCAAGUGGCUGUCAUUUCACAGUGGCUACGACUUUGGGUAUCUUUUGAAGAUUUUGACAAAUACACAGUUACCAGCAGAGGAGGCAGACUUUUUUGAUUAUCUUAGGAUUUACUUCCCAAACAUCUAUGAUGUCAAGUAUCUAAUGAAGAGUUGUAAAAAUUUAAAAGGAGGGCUACAGGAAGUGGCUGAGCAGUUAGAGAUCACUAGAAUAGGCCCUCAACACCAAGCUGGUAGUGACAGUUUGCUGACCGGAGCUGCAUUCUUUAAGAUGAGAGAGAUGUUCUUUGAAGAUAACAUCGAUGACGCCAAAUACUGUGGGCAUCUUUAUGGACUUGGUACAUCUUAUGUUCAGAAUGGCUCAGGAUAUGAAAGUUUGACAAGUUAUCAAAACCACAACUCCACUCCUACACUAGAAGACUCCAAUUCAACGUCUGCAGGCUCAUAGACUGGUGACUUUAGUCUUCUGCAAACUGCAGUCAGCAUCCAGGAAAAGAAAAUGGCAGCAUUUUCAUGGAUAAAAACUGUGGCAGCUACUAAGAGGAAAGAUUAACACUUUGAAUCCUUAAUCUUUAAAAAAAAAUUCUCUGUUCAUUUGAGAGAGUCAGCUGACAAUAGAUUUUUUUUUAUUAGCAUCAAAAUGCAUUGAGCAUUGUUAUGGAUCUCUAAACAUGCAGUUCAAGAGGAUUUGAUUAGUUUUUGUCCAUUGGUGAGGGAGACGAAAACAUCCGUUUAUAGAAGAAUAUGUAUGGUUUUCCAUUUUAACAUGAGAAUUUAAAAGAAUAUGUAUAUAAAGUUGGUUUCAAGUCAAUGAUUAUCAACCUUCCAAAACUUAAGAAAUGAAAUGCAUGUUGGAAAAAACAAACUUUUAAUUCCUUAACUUUGCAAGAGAAUUUUUGAGCAAAAUUCAUAUCUGGAACUUUUGUUUAGUUUUGUACAAGGUUAAGGAGAGCACUAUUGUAUUGGCAGAUCCUGAUAAAUGGCGUCAUUUUCUUUGCUUUGGUAGACGGCUGCCAAAAUCAAUUCUGCAUGUGGUUUUAUCUUGGUUUGAAUAUUCUUUGUGAUAGAGAAAAUGAGAUGUAUAACAUUUUUGUAUAUUAAUUGUAAAUAUUUACGAAGAGUAUUCAAAACUUGAGGAAAACGUGAAUAUUUGCCCUUUUCUGUAAAAAAAAAAAAGGGAUGAUGUUUAUUGUCAGAAAUUUACUGUAUACAUGUUCAAAUGGGGGCCACAAAUAUCUAAAAAAAAAAAAAAUCAUUUUGCACUCAAAAUUCUGUGCAGGGAUUCUAUGCUUUUACAUUCACAUGCAUUGCAGCUAUGUUGCCAAUUAAAUAGUUAAUGUGUAAAUGAUGUGUCAUGGAUGCACUAAAUAAAAUUUUUGCGAAAGAAAAAAAGAACCUAAAAUUCCAUUUGAUGAUGGAUGUUUUGACAUACACGUGUAAAGUGUAAUAUUAUGUGAUUUUGCUUUUAAUUGCAUUUGUUGAUAUCUUUUUAAUGGUCUAAUCUGUGAUUAAUUAUUGUGCAAUUAUCAUACAUACAAUGUUAAUUCUGAUCUUAAGUUUUUGGGGUUUUUUUUUUAUGAACAUGAUGAGAAGGUAAUAUAUGAUAGUGGUAAAAAUUUUAUUAAAAGAGGUCGGUCAAUUUUUCCCUGCUUAGUGAUUUUGUCAGCGUAUCAUUAGUUUGUUGUUUUUUUUUACAUUAAAAAAUUACACAGGAUAAGACAGACUGAAGAGUAAAUUUGAUGUUUGGAACAUUCAUUCUCAUUUGGAAUUUUAGAAAAAAGUCUGUCGUAAGGUAGGAAUUUAGGAGCUGAAAAGUAUCAAUUUAUUUUACAUUCAUUAAGAAGUUAAAGCACCCUUUUAAAUUAAAUGCUUAAUUAAUGGACAUGCAUUUUCAUCCAAUAUUACUGUUUUUAUUUAUAAGACAUCAGCCAAACUUGUGGUUGACAGUGUGCAGGCCAGAAUGCUUGCAGCUGUCAGCCUGGUGAGAGGUUUUAAAUGGAUUUUAAACAACAGUUUAAGUACGAGUGCCAUAUGACAAGUAAAUUGUUCAGGUGUUUAUGUCGCGGAUGUAGCACUUGAGAAAUUUGAUUUGUCAUACAUCGUGUGUGGAGUAAUAUCCUAGGGACAAUUAUUAUAUAUGUUCAUAUUAGUAAUUAGUGAUGAAGAAUAAAUCGUUACUGAUGAUUUAAUAGGUAUUGGACAUGUGGAUUGUUUCUAUCUUGUUUCUCUUACUGUGGAUAUGGUCAGAGUUUUCCUAUUUUACAAUCUAAAGGGCUUUCAUUACAUAUUUUGUCAUUAAAAUAGACAGCUUUGAUCAUAUCCUUCAUUCAGAUGUAUUUUUAUUUUUUGAAAGGUCAACACAUAUGAGGGUCAUUGCUAAAGUUUGAUUUUUUAAAUGAAUUUUUAUUUUAAUAUUAUCUAUUACUUAAUCUAUGUACACUUUGUACUGUCAUCAGAGAAAUCAAAUCGUGAUCUCAACUUAACACUGACGCAGGUCAGUCCACUUUUAUUUCACUAAAAUCCAGAAAAAAUGUUUUUCUUUGUUUUAAGUUUUUAAAUGUCUCCCGCAUUCAUAUUUGUUUUAAAAACAUACAUAUUUGUUUUGUCAUUACAUUGUGCAAUUUUGUGAUUGGGCUUUAUUUCUCAAUCACAGUGAAGAAAGAAUUGAAUUACUAUUUCAUGAAUUUUGCCGCAUUUUGAAUAAGAGACUGUGAUCUGUUUUAAAUGUCAAAAUGUGUUGAAAGUUUUUUUUAUUGGUUGUCGGGUUGAGACAGUGCAUAGGUCAAUAGUAACAACAAGAUGCCAAUUAUAGACCGAUUAUUGAUAUUCGUCCUUUUUAAUUGCCAAUGUGUAAUUCGUCUCAAAACUCUUGACACCCAGUGUUAGAACUGUUGUUUAGGUCGGGACCAGAGGGAUGCCUCCCCCCUUCAUUCUGUUUGUGUGGUGUAUGGGGUUUUAUUUUAUUUCUGCUUGGUUUUUCAUCAUCUGUAUGUUUAAAAAUUCCGUGUAGAUGCCUGUCUUUUUACAAACCCUGUUUCUGUAAUUUAAAUUUGAAAUCAUUUCAAUGACAGGAAAACUUCUGUGGUAAUAUUAUAAGCAAAAAUGGAGAUAUUUGUCAUUAUCAUGCAUUGUGUGUUGUAUCAGUACGUUGCCAUCAUUUUACAAUUGGUAUGGCUUUUAUGAAAGAAUAAAUGCACAGAGACCUGUUGCUAUCUCAGGUAUAUAAUUUAAUAUCUACAUGUACUUCAAAUUUGUAAUGCUCAUUUCUUGUUUUUGUUGACUUGCCUUUGUUCUGUAUGUGUGACUUGUGUGUGAAGGGGGAGGGGUGUAGUGUAGGUUGGGCUGAUGUCUUGCUGUACAUUCUGUGUGGCCCCUUAUUUUACUGUCAUCUAUAUGUAAUACACUGGUACUGGUGGUCUUUUUAUGAAUUGUAAAUAAAAUGUCACGAGGACAACCAAUCCAAUCAAAGCAUAA